AUAAUGUAAUAUUUAUGUAUGAAAAGCGACGAAAAGAAGUUGUUGAAAAAAAACCAAAAAACCAAAAAAAGUUGUUAAACCUUGUUUACUUCAUAGAAGAAAAUAAUUUUGUGCUGUAUUUGGUGCUUUCAGUUUAGCCGUAGAGCAGUGGCUUGUAAACCACGAUAAAAAGCCGAAAAACACUCCACAAUUGCACCUUGCAUUGAUAAAAACGCAAUAAUUAAGAUAGUAAUGGUGAUAAAUUGAAGAGAAACACCUCUACGUUUAAGAGAGUGGAUCGCUCUCCAUGCAGCUACAAAAAGUUGCCUGACGGUUUUGUACACUUUUCUAUCACACAAUUUCCAUCGCCUUCCUCCUGGGUCCUUUUGGGCUUGUUGACGUGAUUUACAGGUUUUUUAAGCCAAAUAAAGCAUAAGCUAGAGAAACAGUCACCAAAAAGCCAAGAAAUCUUGCAACCCGUAAAAUAUCCGCCUAGUUAAUCCGUUAUAUCAUUAAAGAUGCAUGUCGGUCUUAAUUUUUGGUUGCCAAGCUAUUGGGAGGCUAUUAUUACAUGUGCGAGAAAAAUCGUUUUAAAUUCAAAUUAAAACCCGGUUAUGUGCAUGAAUUGCUGAUUUGUAGCGGAGGUUGGAGGAAGAUUUUCUUAUUUAUGAAAAGACCGGCUGGAACUACAUCUCGACAAGCUUUUUUUUUACAGCAGUGUAAUGAAAAACAGUCGCUGAACGCAUCGAGAAAGUUUCAGAAAAACCGACAGAGUCGUACAAAAAUUAUAUUUGCCGGUUACGAUCAUUAUUACAGAUGAAAUCAGCUGAGAAAAACGAUGAACAUAUGAGCUCCGCGACCGGAUCGUUCGCUGAAAAUGAACUUUCCACGCAGAAAAAACGCCGGUCCAAAGACAUCACAGAACUAAAGGCUGAAGCUGAAGGCUUGAAAGAAUCCUUGUCGAGCCUUACGACGGAAGAUGAAAAAUCACAAAAGAAGGAAAGGGCGGCAUAUUUUGAUGACCUGUUCCAGUUUUUAGGGACGACGAAUGUUAAAAUGGACAGGAAAGUGUUAGAGCACAUUAUGGAACUUUUAAAACUGGAUGUACACCCAGACAAUAUUGUAGAAUUGCUAACAACAGUGAUGGCGAUGGGGAAUGAAGAGGUUAUUUUCAUUUGAGGGUAAACACUGAGAAAAACAGUGGACCUUGUCUUUGUCGGGAUCACGAAUGCCUCCCAGAUGUUUGUUUUAAAUUUAAUUAACGAGGAAUAAUUAUUUUUAUUGUUUUAUUCAACUGCAAGACGUGUUUUUUAACGUUCUUUUCUGUAUUUUUGUGCGUAAGUACUUACUCGUGUAUAAUUUUUUCAUAUGCAAUAAUUUCAUAAUCCGGUUUUUAAUUUUCUUUUGGUUUUUAAUCGCAGUAGAAUAGGCUGGUACAAUGUGUACCUUAACAAAACUUAAAUAAACAGUGGGACACCUGUCUGGAGUGGUAGGAAAACGAAUGUUUCAUUGUGUGGUGUCAUUUGUUUAUCAUUUUUUAAAUUUUGAUUUUAAU